AUUUUGAUGUAAAAUUUAUUGAUUUUAUAAUUAAAUUUACUUUUUAUUGAUUGAAAUAUGGUUAUGUGUAUUGGUAAUGAUGUUUUUAUUUAGUAAAUAAAAUUAAAUGUUUUCUUAAUUUGUGUAUCCAAAGAAGUGACAAUUAAAACAAAACGGAAGGAGAAAUAUUUUGUGUAAAACUAAUUUUGUAAGACAUGAUUAAGAACCUCAGCAUAAGACAAGUGUAUUCGUUUAGACGGCAAAUUGAUAAUAAACUAUAUUCUUCUUUGUUAGUGGUGUAGUCUCUCAAGUGGUAAUAUGUUUUUAUAGUAAUUAAUUAUAUAAGUUAAUAAUGUUAUAAAAAUAAAACGUAUAAAAAUAAUUUUGUAAGGCAUGAUUAGGAACCUCAGCAUAAGACAGUUGUGUGUUCCCUUUAAAAUACGUCUCGGCCUGAUGUUUUCCUUAUCCACAAUAUUAGAAUAUGAUUCAGCAUGCAAAAAGACUCAAGAAAUGAUGCAUGCAUCGUUGUCAAUAAUACACCCUCCAUUGCUUGAGAGUUAUGAGAUUAAAAGAGAGACAGAGAGGAAGGGCCGAAGGGGAGUACUAAAGCAGCGGUUAAUACCAUAAACAAACAAAAACCCAAGGAAAAAAAGGUCAUCUUCCUCUAUCAGCCAACAAUGGGGGUUAAAACGAUCCAAAACCUCGUCUUCUCCAUAUCUUCCUCUUUUAUCAUUUCUUUAUUUUAUUAUUCUUCCAUUAUUUAUAUAAACCCUAAGAGCACCAUUAACCGGGGUCCUUAAGAGGGUUUUUAAAAAUAAUGAGGCAUUUAAUUAAAUCAAAAUUAAAGAAAAUUGCUGUUAUCGAUCCUUAAUAUAGGAUUUCUGUGACCGAUUACAAAGGGGAUUUCUAAGCCACGUGUCAGCAAACUAAAUAAUGAGGGUUUUUUUUUUCUCUCUCCUCUUCUCUUUCGUGCCUCGUCUUCUCUGUCUCCUCUUGUGUUCUCCGCGGGAAGACGAUGGCUUUUUGUUCUCUCCUUCACACCUACAAGGUUCAAACGAAACCUUAAACUCCAUCUCACUUCGUUAGGCCUCCUCUCUACCCGAUAAAUCUCUCUCUGUCUCCUUCUCCGUGGAUCUCUCAUUCGAUCGGAUGAUCUCUCUCCUCCGUUGAGUUUCAGAACUUCUCUGUGGAGAUCGAUGGCCACAUCCGCUCGAAAUAAACCAAAUGUAAAUGUGGGAACAAUUGGGAAUGUAGAACAUGGGAAUACUACUUUAACUGCUGCAAUCAUAAAGGUUCUUGCUGAAGAGGAAAAAGCUAAAGCUAUUGCCUUUGAUGAAAUUGAUAAAGCUCUCCAAGCCAAUGCUUUUGCUCUAGACUGAUUCGGAUGGUCAAUCUAUGUUAAGAUUUGAUCUCGGCAUGAUCUUAAUCGCAACCGAUGAGUUCUCAGCGGGAAAUAAACUUGGACAAGGUGGAUUUGGAUCAUCUGUCUACAAGAAUCAUAGCAGGAGUUGCAAGAGGGCUUCUUUAUCUCCAUGAAGAUUCUCAACUGAGGAUUAUUCAUCGAGACUUAAAGGCUAGUAUAGUUCUCUUAGACGCUGAGAUGAACCCUAAAGUUGCAGACUUUGGGAUGGCCAGGCUCAUGUGCAUGUUUGAGAGUUCUCAGUUCAAAGAAAACUUCUCCUUGUUUCAGCAACUAGUUGCAGAUGGUGUCUUUGGGACAUUAUCACCAUCUUCUGUUUCCUCUGUAUCAAAGCUUGAAGAGUUUAAGACACUUGCAAAGCUUGCUUUAUCUGACCCUAACAAAUCCCGUUUAUUGGAAAGCUAUCAGAUGCUCAAGGUUAACGUCAUGUGCUCUUCUUGAACACACAUAGUUUUCUAGUCUUGCGGCUUUGUUCACGUGAAACAUUGCUUCAGGAACAGAGAAAAGAGAUUUAAGACUCUGUUAAUACAACAUCAAGGGCCUCAAACCUGAAUCUAUCUGGUAUUUCUCAGAACAAAGACUUAAUAUAAAAUGUGGCCAAAAGAAAUUUUCUGCAUUAGAAAUUGCUAUCAUUUGCCGGUACAUAAUAUAAAAAAAUGGAAAGGGUUUUAUGUAAGGGGACUUUUUGGCGGUCAUAUACUAUCUUUUUGUUAAUACUACUAAACUUGGAGAACAAGAAAGUUGCGUUUC